AUGGGCAAACCUGAGUUCAAUGGUGGCCGAGGAGGAGGUGGUAGAGGCGGUUUUGGUGGCCGUGGCGGCGGUAGGGGUGGCUUCGGAGGACGAGGCGGCGGUCGUGGAGGUGGUGGUAGUUUUGAGAAAAGAGGAGGCGGCGGCGUUAGAGGAUUCGGUGGCCGUGGUGGUGGUGGUCGUGGUCGCGGCGGAGGUGGCCGAGGAAGGGGUGGUGCUGGAGGCUUUAAGGGUGGGAAACAAGUUAUUAUUGAGCCACACAGAAGACAAAUUAAAAAAAUUGAAAAAUGUGGGCAAGUAAUAUCAAAUGUAUUUAUUUAUGAUUUUGAAAAAUUACACCCUGGGGUUUUCAUUGCGAGAGGAAAGGAAGACGCACUAGUAACUAAGAACUUGGUACCCGGAUCAGAAGUGUAUGGUGAAAAGAGGAUAUCAGUUGAGACUGACGGAGAAAAAGUUGAAUACAGAGUAUGGAAUCCCUUCAGAUCAAAAUUGGCCGCAGCCAUCAUGGGUGGAGUGGAUGUCAUACACAUGCCUCCGGGAUCAAGGGUGUUAUAUCUUGGAGCAGCUAGUGGAACCACAGUCAGUCAUGUGUCUGAUGUUGUUGGACCGGAGGGGCUGGUGUAUGCAGUAGAAUUCUCUCACAGGUCUGGAAGAGAUUUAAUCAACGUUGCCAAGAAGAGAACAAAUAUUAUACCUAUCAUUGAAGAUGCAAGACAUCCUUUAAAAUACAGAAUGCUGGUUGGUAUGGUGGAUUGUAUAUUUGCUGACGUUGCACAGCCCGAUCAAGCCAGGAUAGUCAGUCUAAACGCACAACACUUCCUAAAGAACGGAGGACACUUUGUUAUAUCUAUUAAGGCAUCUUGUAUCGAUUCCACGGCGCAACCAGAAGCGGUGUUCGCUGCAGAAGUCAAAAAGCUACAGGCUGACAAAUUAAAACCACAAGAACAGUUAACUUUAGAACCUUACGAAAGAGACCAUGCUGUGGUGGUCGGAGUCUUCAGACCACCACCGAAAAAAGCGUAG